AUGGCCCAGCGGGGCGCGGGGCCGAGAGUCAUGGGGGGCCCCAAGGGCGUCGGGCUCAGUCUGCCGCGGCUGCUGCCUUUGCUGCUGCUCUUGGGGCGGGUGCAGGGCUUUGGGGACGAAGAGGAGCGGCGCUGCGACCCCAUCCGCAUCACCAUGUGCCAGAAUCUCGGCUACAAUGUGACCAAGAUGCCCAACCUGGUUGGGCACGAGUUGCAGACAGACGCGGAGCUGCAGCUGACAACCUUCACACCGCUCAUUCAGUACGGCUGCUCCAGCCAGCUNCAGUUCUUCCUUUGUUCGGUUUAUGUGCCAAUGUGCACAGAGAAGAUCAACAUCCCCAUUGGCCCGUGUGGCGGCAUGUGUCUUUCAGUCAAGAGACGCUGUGAACCGGUCCUGAAGGAAUUUGGAUUUGCCUGGCCAGAGAGUCUGAACUGCAGCAAAUUCCCCCCACAGAAUGACCACAAUCACAUGUGUAUGGAAGGGCCAGGUGACGAAGAGGUGCCCUUACCUCACAAAACCCCCAUCCAGCCUGGGGAGGAAUGCCACUCUGUGGGAACCAAUGCUGAUCAGUACAUUUGGGUGAAAGGGAGCCUGAGCUGUGUCCUUAAGUGUGGCUAUGAUGCUGGUUUAUACAGCCGCUCGUCCAAGGAGUUCACCGACAUCUGGAUGGCCGUAUGGGCCAGCCUGUGCUUCAUCUCGACUGCCUUCACUGUCCUCACCUUCCUCAUUGACUCCUCCAGGUUCUCCUACCCUGAGCGCCCCAUCAUAUUUCUCAGUAUGUGCUAUAAUAUUUAUAGCAUUGCUCAUAUUGUGAAGCUGACUGUAGGCCGGGAAAGGAUAUCCUGUGAUUUUGAAGAGGCAGCAGAACCCGUUCUCAUCCAAGAAGGACUUAAGAACACAGGAUGUGCAAUCAUUUUCUUGCUGAUGUACUUUUUUGGAAUGGCUAGCUCCAUCUGGUGGGUCAUUCUGACCCUCACUUGGUUCUUGGCAGCCGGACUCAAAUGGGGCCAUGAAGCCAUUGAAAUGCACAGCUCUUAUUUCCACAUUGCAGCCUGGGCCAUCCCAGCAGUGAAAACCAUCGUCAUCUUGAUCAUGAGACUGGUGGAUGCUGACGAACUGACUGGCCUGUGCUAUGUGGGGAACCAAAAUCUUGAUGCCCUCACUGGCUUCGUUGUGGCUCCCCUCUUCACUUACUUGGUGAUUGGAACUCUCUUCAUCGCUGCAGGCUUAGUGGCCUUGUUCAAAAUUCGGUCAAAUCUUCAAAAGGAUGGGACAAAGACAGACAAGUUGGAGAGGCUGAUGGUGAAAAUUGGUGUCUUCUCAGGACUGUACACGGUCCCUGCAACCUGUGUGAUUGCCUGUUAUUUCUAUGAGAUCUCCAACUGGGCCCUCUUCCGGUAUUCUGCAGAUGAUUCCAAUAUGGCAGUUGAAAUGUUAAAAAUUUUUAUGUCUUUGCUGGUGGGCAUCACUUCAGGCAUGUGGAUUUGGUCUGCCAAAACUUUUCACACAUGGCAGAAGUGUUCCAACAGAUUGGUGAACUCUGGGAAGGUAAAGAAGGAGAAAAGAGGGAACGGUUGGGUAAAGCCUGGGAAAGGUAGCGAAACUGUAGUGUAA